AUGUCGAACCUGCCCAAUAUAUCCCUCGAAGGAGCACUCCUCCGCGACAUCCUCGUUGGCUCGCGCACGCAGUACGUUCGAGGCGCUCGUAUGGCUCUUCAACACGAGGGCUUCAAGCCCGUCGUGGACAAGGUGUACCCCUUCGAGGGGACGCGCGCGGAGUACGAGUAUCUUGAGAACCAGCAGCAUGUCGGGAAGGUGUGCGUGCAGGUCGCGAGGGACUGA